AUGCGUUACGGAAAUUGUUUCACUUUUGAUGGCGUAAAUGGUAAUUUUAAAGAUCCGCUAACUUCAAAAUUCGUCGGCCUAAACAACGGCUUGGAAAUGAUUUUAAAGGUUGAUCCGGUACAAUAUCUUCCAAUAUCCCAUACGGUGGGAAUGAUAAUUGUUAUACAUAAUCCGUCUGAUGAACCGAAUCCUGAAGACAGAGGAAUCACUAUAGCACCUGGUUUCGAAACGCAUGUCUCUUUAAAACAGAAAGAGAUUCACAGACUGCCCUUCCCCUAUAAGGAUAAAUGUGUUUUGUAUGGAAGUGAAGAACUGCCUCUGGCGAGAAGUCGAAAACAGUGCACAGAAUCUUGCAUUCAAGAAUUCAACUUCGCAGCAUGUGAUUGCAUAGAACCCACUUUCUGGAAAACAGCAAAGCAUAAACAUUGCGAUACGGCAAACUCUACACAAGCUGAUUGCCUCGAUAAUUUGAUAAAGGACCUUGCCGUUGAAGGGACAAACUGUCAAUAUCCCCCUGCAUGUGUUUCAGUAUUCUACGACGAACAAAUAACAAAGGCACUUUGGCCUUCAAAGGCAUAUUUCUUCAAAAAGCACCAACAUUCUGAAAGUUUUUUCAAAAAAUACAGAAAAUCUCACGCAAAAGUUCGCAUUUUCUUUUCAAACCGAGAAAAAUCUAAGUAUGAGCAAAAAGCUAAUUUUCAGAUAUCCGAGUUGUUAAGUUGUUUGGGUGGUGAAAUUGGACUCUGGCUUGGAAUCUCUUUGCUUGUUUUAAGUGAAAUUAUGGAGGCCAUAUUGUUUAUCAUCAGCUGAAUGAUAGAUAACAUUAAGAAAUGUGCUUAUUUUUUGAGGAAAAUUCCACAGUAAGCACUGAAGCAUUUGAAAGAUAAUUGUGAAAUAUGAGUGAUCCUUGGCUUCUUGUAUCAUUAAAAAUUUAUGAUACUGAAAGGUAUUUGAAUGUUUCAAUUGGCCAUUUAAUUCACUUUUCAGUUGUACUUAAUUUUAAUGAUUAAAGUAACUCUAAAGCACUUUAUAUUUUCCAGCUACUUACUUCGUUUUUAAAAUUGCCUUCAUUUGUUUUUUAGCAGAAAUUAUGUUUAAAAAAUAAAAUUCAAACUAUUGAACUUCUUGCAUUUUGAUGCAGAAAUUUUAUUGGAAGAUUCAACACUGAUUUUCAAAAUCUGCCUAUCUAUACGUUUCAUGCCACCUGCAUAUUUGCAAAGAAGGUGUAUCGUACUUAUUGAAUGAAUUAAAUUACUAUAUAAAGUUUAAUAUAAUCCAAAAUUAAAAUGAUUCAUUCAAGUGAUUGUUUGAUAUAAAAUAUGAAUCUUAAGCGUAACUUGAAACAUUUUAAAAUGCAUUACAAUAUGGAAAUUUUCCAUUUUUGUGUGUGUGACAGUUUUUUCAGAAUGUGAAUUUCCAGAAAAUUUCAUAAAAUCCUGAUAUUUUAAAAAUGGCCGCAUAUUAUCUUUCAGCAUAGUUAACCUUAUAUUGAACACUAAUGAUUGUCCUCGCUUCGGUAUUUUUACAUUAUUACUUUACAUAUUUUUGUGAUUUUUGUCGUUUGAAAACUUUUUUGAAUAAACAUAAUGUGUCUGCAUUUGAUUUGAAACGAAACACAAGCACACAUGCAAUUUCAGCUUUAUUAUAAGUAGAGAUAAGGACAAAAUACA